AUGUUCAUUCAGUUGGAUUCUGAGGAAGAGGACGAAGGUAGCAUUGGUGUCGAGAAGGCGGGUGAGAAAGCUCCAACUCGGGAGGCUUCUAUUGAUAAGGGUGAGGAGUCGGAUCGGAGCUCCAGUGACGGAGAAAGCUCUGCUGAUACAAGUGGGUCCUUGGAGGAGGAGGAAGAGGAUAACACGACAGUUGAUUCUCUAGAGGUACCAGUGGAUAGGGCGGAUUUGGGUAGUGAUCAGGAGAUUGAUUGUGUCGGGGGAAAGACGCCAUAUGGAGAGGUCGGACGAGACACCCUCGUUCAUUUGGGCAGCCAAUUGGGCACUGACAAGGACCAGACAGAUCUAUUUACCAGUUCGGACCUUCGUUCGUGCAGGUUCGAGGCUAAUUCAGGGGAGCGGAGGUUCUUGGCCAUGGAGGCUAUGCUUGUAAGGGAGGAUUUUGAUGAUCUUACUAAUGAUGCCGAGGUUAGCGCGUUGCCGUCUGUUAUGCUCGCCCGUGCGCUGAAGCAGAAAGGUGGGAUUAUUGAGACUAAAUUGCGCGAGCAGUUGUCGCAACAAAAGGAGGUUGUUAAGUCCGAAAAGGCUGUAGUUGUUCGCCUUACGAAGGAGAAUGAGCAGCUUAAGAGGAGGCUAGAGGUGGCGGAGAAGGUGGCUAAGAGGGAGGAGGAGAAAAGGACUGCACAGCAACCAUCAUUAUCUCCUCUUGGUGAUCAAUUCCCCAUAGUUUCAUACAACGAUUUAGUUCAACCUACACAGAACUUCUCCGAAUCAAACAUGAUAGGGAGAGGAGGUUAUGGUUCUGUAUAUAGAGGGAAGUUGAUGGAAAAGAAGGUGGAAGUUGCAAUUAAGGUUCUUGACAUUGAUAUGCGAGGUGCUGAGAAAAGUUUCUUAUCAGAAUGUGAAGCUUUGAGAAACAUCCGACACCGAAAUCUAGUUCCCAUCAUAACAGCAUGCUCCACAGUGGAUAUCAACGGCAAUGUUUUCAAAGCUCUGAUAUAUGAAUUUAUGCCAAACUGGAAUUUGGACUCUUGGUUGCAUCAGGAAGUGAAUGGGAAAGUCAGAAAACCUUUGGACUUAAAUCAAAGAACAUGCUUAGCUGUCAACAUAGCUGACGUACUUGAUUAUCUGCACAACAAAAGUGGGAAAACAAUUAUCCAUUGUGAUGUCAAGCCCAACUUUGGCAUUGCAAAAUUCUAUCUUGAUUCUAGGACGACAUCACCUGGAGAUUCAAAAACUAUAAGCUCAACCGGUGUGAAGGGUACUAUCGGCUACAUACCUCCAGAAUAUGCUCGAGGUGGUCACGCAUCAACAUAUGGGGAUGUUUACAGUUUUGGAAUAGUACUUCUAGAGAUGCUGACAGGGAAAAGGCCAACACAUCAUUUGUUUGUGGAUGAACUAAACAUUGUUAACUUCGUGGAGAGGUGCUUCCCUGAUAAAAUAUUGGAUGUGACUGAUGGUUCCUUACAAGAUGGCGUCAAGAGUGCCCAGAUAAAUAUGGUAACAGCAAAUGAGGACUACCAAUGCUUGUUUUCUCUACUGCAAGUAGCACUUUCUUGCACACGAGAAAUUCCUGCUGAACGAACGACCAUGAAAGAUGCAGCUAGCAGAAUUCGUUCAAUCAAGACCACGUAUGCCGGAGGAGAACGCAAACAUACAUUGAACUCAAACCAUCAGUAUACCGUGCCCAUGCUAGCUACACAACACAGAUCUUGA